AUGCCUGUCCCAGACCAGCCCUCGUCAGCCUCGGAGAAGACCAGCUCCUUGAGCCCUGGCCUCACCACCUCCAAUGGGGAUGGCUCAGAAACAGAAACCACCUCUGCCAUCCUCGCCUCUGUCAAAGAACAGGAAUUACAGUUUGAAAGGCUGACCCGAGAGCUGGAGGCAGAACGCCAGAUCGUCGCCAGCCAGCUGGAGCGAUGCAAGCUUGGAUCCGAGACGGGCAGCAUGAGCAGCGUCAGUUCAGCAGAAGAGCAGUUUCACUGGCAAUCACAAGAUGGUCAAAAAGAUAUCGAAGAUGAGCUCACAACAGGUCUUGAACUGGUGGACUCCUGUAUUAGAUCACUGCAGGAAUCAGGAAUACUUGACCCACAAGACUAUUCAACAAGCGAAAGGCCCAGCCUGCUCUCCCAGAGUGCACUUCAGCUCAGUUCCAAACCUGAAGGGUCCUUCCAGUAUCCAGCCAGCUACCAUAGCAACCAGACCCUGGCCCUGGGUGAGACAGCCCCGUCGCAGCUCCCUGCCCGCAGCACACAAGCCCGAGGUGCGGGCCAGAGUUUCAGCCAGGGCACCACGAGCCGCGCGGGGCACCUGGCGGGGCCCGAGCCCGCGCCGCCGCCGCCGCCGCCGCCGCCGCCGCGGGAGCCGUUCGCGCCCAGCCUGGGCAGCGCCUUCCACCUGCCCGACGCGCCGCCCGCCGCCGCCGCCGCCGCCGCGCUCUACUACUCGAGCUCCACGCUGCCCGCGCCCCCGCGCGGGGGCUCCCCGCUGGCCGCGCCCCAGGGCGGCUCGCCCACCAAGCUGCAGCGCGGAGGCUCGGCCCCCGAGGGCGCCGCCUACGCCGCGCCGCGCGGCUCCUCGCCCAAGCAGUCGCCCAGCCGCCUGGCCAAGUCCUACAGCACCAGCUCGCCCAUCAACAUCGUCGUGUCCUCGGCCGGCCUGUCCCCGAUCCGCGUGACCUCGCCCCCCACCGUGCAGUCCACCAUCUCCUCCUCGCCCAUCCACCAGCUGAGCUCCACCAUCGGCACGUACGCCACCCUGUCGCCCACCAAGCGCCUGGUGCACGCGUCCGAGCCGUACGGCAAGCACUCGCAGGAGCUGUAUGCCACGGCCACCCUCCAGAGGCCGGGCAGCCUGGCAGCUGGGUCCCGGGCCUCAUACAGCAGCCAGCACGGCCACCUGGGCCCGGAGCUGCGGGCCCUGCAGUCCCCGGAGCACCACAUAGACCCCAUCUAUGAAGACCGGGUCUAUCAGAAGCCCCCCAUGAGGAGUCUCAGCCAGAGCCAGGGGGACCCUCUGCCGCCAGCACACACGGGCACCUACCGCACGAGCACAGCCCCAUCUUCCCCCGGUGUCGACUCCGCCCCCUUGCAGCGCACAGGCAGCCAGCAUGGCCCGCAGAGCGCCGCCGCGGCCACCUUCCAGAGGGCCAGCUACGCCGCCGCCGGCCCGGCCCCCAGCUACGCGGACCCCUACCGACAGCUGCAGUAUUGUCCUUCCGUCGAGUCUCCGUACAGCAAAUCCGGCCCUGCCCUCCCUCCCGAAGGCACCUUGGCCAGAUCCCCGUCCAUCGAUAGCAUUCAGAAAGAUCCGAGAGAGUUUGGAUGGAGAGACCCGGAACUGCCUGAAGUGAUUCAGAUGUUGCAACAUCAGUUUCCUUCGGUCCAGUCUAAUGCUGCAGCCUAUUUACAGCACCUCUGUUUUGGAGACAAUAAAAUUAAAGCCGAGAUAAGGAGACAAGGAGGUAUCCAGCUCCUGGUGGACCUGCUGGACCACCGGAUGACAGAAGUCCACCGUAGUGCCUGUGGGGCCUUGAGAAACUUAGUGUACGGGAAAGCCAACGACGAUAACAAAAUCGCCCUGAAGAACUGUGGCGGCAUCCCAGCGCUGGUGAGGUUGCUCCGCAAGACCACCGACCUGGAGAUCCGGGAGCUGGUCACAGGAGUCCUUUGGAACCUCUCAUCUUGCGAUGCACUCAAAAUGCCCAUCAUCCAGGACACCCUGGCAGUGCUGACCAACGCCGUGAUCAUCCCCCACUCGGGCUGGGAAAAUCCACCUCUUCAGGAUGAUCGGAAAAUACAGCUGCAUUCCUCACAGGUGCUGCGAAACGCUACUGGAUGCCUAAGGAAUGUUAGUUCAGCCGGCGAGGAGGCCCGCAGGAGGAUGCGGGAGUGUGACGGGCUCACGGAUGCGCUGCUCUACGUGAUUCAGUCUGCGCUGGGGAGCAGCGAGAUCGAUAGCAAGACCGUUGAAAACUGUGUGUGCAUUUUAAGGAACCUUUCAUACCGGCUGGCAGCAGAAACGUCUCAGGGACAGCACAUGGGCACAGAUGAGCUGGACGGGCUGCUCUGUGGUGAGGCCAAUGGCAAGGACACGGAGAGUUCCGGGUGCUGGGGCAAGAAGAAGAAGAAAAAGAAAUCCCAAGAUCAGUGGGAUGGAGUAGGACCUCUUCCAGACUGUGCAGAACCACCAAAAGGGAUCCAGAUGCUGUGGCACCCAUCAAUAGUCAAACCCUACCUCACGCUGCUCUCUGAGUGCUCAAAUGCAGACACGCUGGAAGGGGCAGCAGGCGCCCUGCAGAACUUGGCUGCAGGGAGCUGGAAGGGCUGGGCUGAGGAUGUGGCAGGCAUGGCAUAUGCCCUACGUUCACUGCCAGAGGGGGCUCCCUGCCUGCCACAGUGGUCGGUAUAUAUCCGAGCUGCUGUCCGGAAAGAGAAAGGCCUGCCCAUCCUGGUGGAGCUGCUGCGCAUAGACAAUGACCGUGUGGUGUGUGCGGUGGCCACGGCGCUCCGGAACAUGGCCUUGGACGUCAGGAAUAAGGAGCUCAUUGGCAAAUACGCCAUGCGAGACCUGGUCCACCGGCUUCCGGGCAGUAACAACAGCAACAACACGGCAAGCAAGGCCAUGUCGGACGACACAGUCACGGCCGUGUGCUGCACCCUGCACGAGGUGAUCACCAAGAACAUGGAGAACGCCAAGGCCUUACGGGAUGCCGGCGGCAUCGAGAAGUUGGUCGGCAUCUCCAAAAGCAAAGGAGACAAACACUCUCCGAAGGUGGUCAAGGCCGCAUCUCAGGUCCUAAACAGCAUGUGGCAGUACCGAGAUCUGAGGAGUCUCUACAAAAAGGAUGGAUGGUCACAGUAUCACUUCGUAGCCUCAUCUUCAACCAUCGAGAGGGAUCGGCAAAGACCCUACUCCUCCUCCCGCACGCCCUCCAUCUCGCCUGUGCGUGUGUCUCCUAACAACCGCUCAGCAAGUGCCCCAGCUUCACCUCGGGAAAUGAUCAGCCUCAAAGAAAGGAAAACAGACUACGAGUCCACCGGCAGCAACGCAACGUACCACGGAGCUAAAGGGGAACACACUUCCAGGAAAGACACCAUGACAGCUCAAAGUACUGGAAUUUCAACUUUGUAUAGGAAUUCAUAUGGUGCACCCGCUGAAGACAUCAAACAUAACCAGGUUUCAGCACAGCCAGUCCCCCAGGAGCCCAGCAGAAAAGAUUAUGAGACCUACCAGCCGUUUCCAAAUUCCACGAGAAACUACGACGAGUCCUUCUUCGAGGACCAGGUCCACCACCGCCCUCCGGCCAGCGAGUACACCAUGCACCUGGGACUCAAGUCCACCGGCAACUACGUCGACUUCUACUCCGCUGCCCGUCCCUACAGUGAACUGAACUAUGAGACGAGCCACUACCCCGCCUCCCCCGACUCCUGGGUGUGAGGCGGCGGCACCGGGAACAGUGCAUGUGCAUGCAGACCACAGACAUUGCUAUUUUUUUUUCCCCUGCAAAUUUAGUUUCUUAAAGCCUGUUCCUUAGGGAGGCGGGGAUAACCAGUAAGGAAACAUUAAGAGCUAUUUUAGAAAGCUAAGGGAAUCGAACGUUAACUUGCAAGUCGAUAGAAAGUGAUCCUCAAUCUGACAUUGUACGACACCUUUCUAGUUCGGGGGCUGUAGUGUCUAAAAAGUGUUUUCCACUGAGUGUGGCUGAAGGCAGCACAGGAGGCGGUCGGGGCGAUGGGCACGAUGGUUAUAAGCACAGGGGCGGCGUAGUUCACACACUUUAGAGGGACGGCUUCUCACGCUUUGUUUACUCUCCUCAUCCGUUGUGAUUCUAGGCUUCAAGUUGCAUUGGGGUUCCUCUGUACAGCAAGAUGUUUCUUGCCUUUUGUUAAUGCAUUGUUGUAAAGUAUUUGAUGUACAUUACAGAUUAAAGAAGAAAAGCGCAUUGUGUAUAUUACACCAAUGCCGCGGCGUUUCCUCAUCUAUGGUUCUAAAUAUUGCUUCAAUUUCAAACUUUUGAAAGAUGUAUGGAUUUCCAGUUCUUCUUUUCUUUUCUUCCUCCCAGUACGUUUUAACAGAAAAAAAAAUGGGAAAAAAGGAAUAUUUAGCAGUAUUGUUCGUUCUGAUAUGUGAAUUUGUUUGUGGCAACUAAGCAAGGCAUUCAGCAGUUUCUGGCAAUUAACAUCCGUCAUUCCACACUCCUUGUCAACAAAGUGCUUUUUCACUGCCUAAAAUUUUAGAUGUAGAUAUUUGAAAUAGAUUUUUUCAUUUAUACCAGUUUUCUUUAUGAUGAUACAGUGUUAAAAGAAAAUAAAUUACAAUUGAUCUGUCA